AUGACGUACACCUUAUCAGAGUCACAUCGAACUUUAUUACAGACGCAUUUAAGUCAAACUGAUCCUGAGCUUGAAAGUAUUAUUAAAGAUGAAAUAGAGAGACAAAAACACUCAAUUGAUCUAAUUGCAUCUGAAAAUUUUACAUCAACUUCUGUUUAUGAUGCUCUAGGCACUCCUUUAUCAAAUAAGUAUUCUGAAGGAUAUCCUGGUGCUCGUUAUUACGGUGGUAAUGAACAUAUUGAUCGUGUUGAAUCCUUAUGCCAAAAGAGAGCAUUAGAAGCAUUUAAAUUAAAUGAAAAAGAUUGGGGAGUCAAUGUUCAGCCAUUAUCUGGUUCUCCUGCAAAUUUGGAAGUGUACCAAGCACUAAUGAAACCACAUGACAGACUUAUGGGAUUGUAUUUACCCGACGGUGGCCAUCUAUCUCAUGGUUACGCAACAGAGACAAGGUCUAUAUCUGCUGUAUCCACCUAUUUCGAAUCUUUCCCAUAUAGAGUUAAUCCAAACACUGGAAUAAUUGAUUAUGACAGUUUAGAACGAAAUGCCAUCUUAUAUAGACCAAAAAUUUUGAUAGCUGGAACAUCUUCUUAUUGUCGUUUAAUAGACUACAAGAGAAUGAAAGAAAUUGCUGAUAAAUGUGGCGCCUAUUUAAUGGUAGAUAUUGCUCACAUUGCAGGUUUAAUUGUUGCGGAUGUCAUUCCUUCACCAUUCGAAUAUGCUGACGUUGUCACAACAACUACUCAUAAAUCUUUAAGAGGUCCCCGUGGUGCAAUGAUAUUUUUCAGAAGGGGAAUCAAGUCAAUAAAUCAGAAAACAGGUAAAGAACAACCAUUUGAUUUAGAAAAUCGUAUUAAUUUUUCUGUAUUCCCAGGACAUCAAGGUGGUCCACACAACCAUACGAUAGCUGCUCUAGCUACAACAUUGAAACAAGCAACUACUCCAGAGUUCAAAGAAUACCAAUUACAAGUAUUGAAAAAUGCUAAAUCAAUGGAAGAAGAAUUUAAAAAAUUGGGUUACAAAUUGGUAUCUGAUGGGACUGAUUCACAUAUGGUUUUAGUUUCAUUAAAGGAGAUAGGUUUAGAUGGCGCUCGAAUUGAAUACGUAUGUGAAAAGAUCAAUAUAGUCCUAAAUAAAAACUCGAUUCCUGGCGACAAAUCUGCAAUAGUACCUGGUGGAAUACGUGUUGGUGCCCCAGCAAUGACAACAAGAGGUAUGGGCGAAGCUGAUUUCAAGCGUGUCGUUGAAUAUAUUAACCAAGCUGUCAACUUCGCAAAGGAAAUUCAGAGUUCACUUCCAGUAGAUCAUAAUAAAUUAAAGGACUUUAAGAUAGCAGUCGAUGGAUUGGCUGGAAAUUUGGAAGAAUUGAAGAUUGAUAUUUUCAAUUGGGCAGGAUCAUUUCCACUUCCUGUUUAA